AUGCACCCCAGCUCGCGGGGGCAGAAAGACCUGCCUCUCAACUUGCUCGCUCUCAUCAUUGCGCAGAUUGACGAUGUCGCUGAUCUUUCGCGCCUUACCCGAACCUCAAGGCUGCUCUAUUACAUGACCCUGCCCAGACUCUACGAACAUGUCACGCUUCGCUCGUACGCGGAGCUACGGUACUUCAACGGGCGACCGGAGGGCUAUGGCGGUGGCAGUCCGUUCUCCAUGGGCCUCAAUGGCUUAGCGACGCGGAACACCGCGAGCUACGUCAAAGGCUGGAAGCUACUCGGAGAUUGGAGGGAGAGCGAUGUCGAUGAUUUCACAAAGGGACGAGUUCCGGAUAACAGCAUGAUGCUGAAUAUUGUCAUCAGAGCGGCCAUGGACAAGAUGACAUGUUUAGAAAGUUUUGGCUGGGAGCUUAAUACCAAACCGCUCUCGACGAUAUAUCAUGGCCUUGCUAAUAGACACACUUUGACCUCCCUGACGCUCGCCUUUCCAUCCACACGUGUACCGCGACCGACUGUCUUGAUACCACCGAUGCCGAAUCUUCGCGCCUUCAAAGCUCUCAACAUCGACCCGCUAUGUUAUCCCGACGACAUAUCCUUACUCCUCCUACACUCAAGGAACUUGGAAAGCUUGACAUUGAACUGGAGUCCUCGUAUGCGCGAUGAGGGCGAGACGAGCGUCAACCUUCAUAGCUAUUUUGGUAAAUGUAUCGCUGCGGGCCACAUCCUCCCAGUCCAACACUUCUCUUUCAGCAACCUCUUCAGUCAGCACGAUGUAGACAUGGAGCAGGUCUUCAGAUUCGAGACCAUGCGCAGCGUUACCUUCAUCAACUGUGUUGGCGGUGAGGACCCCAUGACCGUCUUCCUGGACAACUCAUGGCGGAUGAAAGAACCCGGUGUGAUACCUACACAACUCAAGAUGAUGCGGGGAGACAUCCUGGACCGGACACACGCUGGCAUGCUAUCUCGUUUCAAUGGCCUGGAAGAACUGUAUCUUGUUAAUGCUAAGAGACAACGCCACAACUCAACGUCCGCUUCUACGACACCCAUGCGAACGCCUGCUGCAGCAUCGCCAAUCACGCGGUCGCCCAGCACGAAGGAAGCAUCGCAAGAGUCUAUCCAGGUAGCAGCUGACUAUCUUGCGGCCAUAACGUCUCACCACGGUCAUUCAAUGCGGCGCCUCCUCCUGUCCGAUCAGUGGCGUUUGGGGCAAGACGUGGUCAGCCGACUCGUGGCGGCCUGCCCAAACCUCGAACAGCUAGGCUUGGCACUUGAAGGGAGAUGGCCUGGGGAAUUACGCGCGUUCAUCCCACUGAUGCCUAAGCUGUAUGCCGUUCGCAUAUUGAUCGGUCUCGAGGACAACGAGGUAGAGCACUUUGCAGCGCUGGACGAUAGUGUCCACGAGGCGCUGCUAGGCCACGAACUUUGGAGACCGGAGUAUAAGAAUCUGCAGUACAUCGGACUCGGCGACUUUGUGUUCGAGUGCGGGAAGAUCAUUCAUAGUGACAGUAAAGCUACGGAGAAGGGCAGCAAACCGGUUCUGCUCAGACAAGUCAAGAGGGUACCGAAAGAGGAAGCUAAGAAGAUCGAGAUUUGGGGUAUGGACUCGUUGGAUGUGUGA